AUGUCGGUGCUCACCAUCCAGGACAGCGCCUUGGAGGUGAAGGCCACAACCCGGCCGGUGCGCGUGCGGGUGCGGGUGUUCGAGGGCAAGCGCGUCCUGACGCGCCAACCGCCUGCUGGCGCGCCGCAGAUCGAGGUCGAGGUCGCCUUCGACAUGGACGCCUACGGCAUCCUAGGCCUGGGCCGGAAGGACGUGGAGCGCAUGGUGCGCAGGCGAGCGCUGCCACGGCCCCGUGUGUGCACGGACAUUCGAGGGUUGAGAUUGGAGAUGAGGGACCUUCGGUUGGCAGACCUGGCUGGGAGCCGGAUGACCAACAAUAGACGGGGUUCCUGCUUUGAGUUCCCAGCAGCUUCAGGGAAGAAGAUCUGGGUGAACUUCCCCAACCCUGCUAAAAAGUGGCAGAAGGUGGGCUCGGGACCCUGGACCUGCUACCCGAAAGCCCGCCCCUGGGUCGGUCCCCCAUUCCUGGCGGGUUUCCGUUGUGGGGCGGUUGCCUCGGGGAUUGCCUACGUCGGUCGGGCCAGCCAAGUUUCGGGUCCCCGAGCUUUCCCCGGCGCCGAAGAGGGCACAGAGCAUGCAGCCCCCCGUCUCCCGGUCGCCGUGAGUGCCGGCCGCGGGCGUCCCCACCCCUCUGGUCCCGGGGUCCCCUCUGGGGUCCCCCUGUGUGGUCCCCGCCGUCCAAGCCCCGGGAGCGAGCCGUCCCCGAGCAACGGGCUGACGGUCCCGGGCGGCCGCGCAGAUGCUGAGGCCCGAGCCCAGCUCCGCGGCCCUCCGGCCGGCCGCCGGCGACGGGGGCCCCGGCCGCGGCCUCGCUCGGGUGGCGUCGCAGAGCCCGUCGGAGGCCGGGCGAGGCCGGGGCCGGACCAGGUCAGCCUGCCUGCUGCAGACGCGCUGCGACGCGCGGACCCAGCUCCAGGCCCAGGCCCAGGCCCAGGCCCAGGCCCAGGCGGCCGCCGGCUCCUGCGCCAAGACUCCGACCGUGGGGCCCAGGGUCAGUUCCGACAUCAUGCACACAUUUUCAUUGCAGCUCUGCAUCUAGUAAGCAAGAGUAGGAGCAACGUAGGUGUCCAACAUUUUGCGCCCUCCAUGGAGUUCAAGGAAAAGGGAAAGAAAGGCAAAGCAGUUCACUUUACUGAGAGUGAUGGCUCAGCCUCCGACAGGCUUAUUGAUAAGAGAUUCAUUUUUCGAGAUGAUAAGUCGAAGAUCUCAGAGAGGCGAAGUCAGCAAGGUGUCGUUACCCUCCAUGAUGUUAAAUUUGUUGCUUUGCUUUUCCUACAAGACACAGAAAUGCAGCGGAUUUGUUCUUUCACGACAUUUAUGAGGAAUAAAUAUCUCGACAAUUUCCUCAGUGCAUUGCUGAACUAUUUAUCUCACUUCUUGGAAAAAAUCUCAUUGGAAAAGAAACCCCAGAGCUAUAUGGUGGGUCUGGUGGAGAAGAAAGAGAUGGAAUUGGUGAUAAAUAACUUAGAAGCAGCCCAGGUUUACCUGGCACAAAAGUACUGUACCCUUGUUCUGGGCUUAGGCAUGCCUGAUAAACAUCAUAUGAACUGUGGCAAGGAAAAAGUAUCAGAUACACAAAAAGAUUGGAAAUUUUUUGAGGCCUUUUUCACUUUCUGUACCUAUGUCGCCUGGAUUGUCUUCCGACGUAAGCACUUCACAGAGAUUGAAGAGGAAAUAGGAAGGCUUUUCCGUACUGACAUGUUCAACAUUCCCCGAAGGAAACGGGAAGAUGACGAAUCAGGAGGGCAGAAGAAAGGCAUGACUUUUGUACAGUUCAGGAGAAUGAUGACAAGACGGCCAGCUAUUAAAAAAGCCAUUCACCUGCGCUCUCCUGUCAUGUCUACAUUGCUGCCAUCCCUCCGACAAAAAGCUCAGAACGUGGAGAAAAAUUAUCAAGUAGGCACAAAGUACUCAGCAGCCCAGAGGAAGCAAGUGAAUAGUCUAGACUUUGUGCCCCUGCAAGACAUUGGCAUCUUGGGAGCACCCCGGAGACUGUUCAAUCCCCACACCCUUCUCCCCCUUGAGCCUGAAGAAAGCAUGAAACAAUCUGGGAGAAAUUAUUACCUGAUAGAGAGAAACAACCAAGAGGUUCAGGAUACAUUGGACUUAAUCAUGAAGACAUGGUACCCGCAAUCCUCACUUCCUAAAUAA